AUGACCUUAAACAAUACCAAGAAAGUGCUGUUGGGUACCACUAGUUACUAUGGCCCUUUUUAUUUAAAUGGCAUGAAAACAGGAGCUUUUUUUUCUGAAACGCUUGUUCCAUACAAAGUAUUCAAAAAAGCUGGGUACGAGGUACAAAUAGUAUCGGAGACAGGGCAGUGCAUGUUUGAUGAUCUUUCCUUGAUGAAUAUGGCAUUAGGAAAGUUGGAGAAGCAAGUUCUCGAUGAUAAGGAUGAUGACUUUUGGACUUGCUUGAAAAAUGCUAAAGCUGCUAAAGAGGUUAACCCUAACGAAUACCCAUUGUUAUUUGUUGCAGGAGGACAUGGUGCAAUGUUUGACCUACCUAUAGCCAAAGACAUGCAAGACUUGGCAGCUAAAAUAUAUGAUAAUAAAGGGAUUUUAGCUGCUGUUUGUCAUGGACCCGUUUUGUUGGUGCAUGUUAAAAACUCCAAGUGCCCUGCAGGAAAAUCUGUUGUUUAUGGGAAAAAUGUCACCGCAUUUACGCAUGCGGGUGAAGUAAUGAUGGGGCUUUCUACUCCAUUGAAAAAUCACAAUAUUGGAUUCUUGAAUGAAAUUUUAGAACAGGCUGAAGCGAGAUACAUUAACCCCAGUACUCCAGUGUCUGAUUUUGUUCAGGUUGACGGUAGAAUAGUAACCGGAGUGAAUCCUGAAAGUGCUGAAUCAACCGCCAAAGCGGCUAUCGAAACUCUAGAGUCCAAGUUAUCUCGACCAUAA